AUGGACUUCAAAAAGCCUGAUGCCUGUUCUUUCCUUAUUGUUGCUGAUAGUGAACUCUUCGGUCAUUUUAAUAUAGUUGGCGAAACUACACAACGAGUGAAACGUGCAGUACAGUUGGCAGGGCUGUGUCGACCGAAUUCGACGUUCAAGAGGGGCUGCAACACAUGUCUCUGCAAUGCGGAAGGCAGUGUUGCCACCUGCACACCUAAAAACUGCGAAGCUGUCAGGACAACAACUGGCGAAACUGCACAACGAGUGAAACGUGCAGUACAGUUGGCAGGGCUGUGUCGACCGAAUUCGACGUUCAAGAGGGGCUGCAACACGUGUCUCUGCAAUGCGGAAGGCAGUGGUUCCACCUGCACACCUAAAAACUGCGAAGCUGUCAGGACAACAACUGGCGAAACUGCACAACGAGUGAAACGUACAGUACAGUUGGCAGGGCUGUGUCGACCGAAUUCGACGUUCAAGAGGAGCUGCAACACAUGUCUCUGCAAUGCUUUUGGCAGUGCUGCCACCUGCACACGCAUAAACUGUGAAGUUGUCGGGAAAACAGCUGGAGACACGACAUCAAUUCGCUGCGCGCCGAAUUCAACGUUCAUGUACGGAUGCAACAUAUGUUACUGCGGUGGAAAUGGAACUGUGGUUGGCUGCACCCAAGCUGACUGUUACAGACGUGGCCGACCCAAGUAAGACCUGUUGGAUGCCCAGCGUCGUCUGCUCACCAUACUGGCAAUAUCUAACAGAGCUAUGGCGACGGGAACGUGGCAGAUGGAGAUUAGUACGCAAUUU